ACCGAUGACGAAAAUAUUUUGACAGAUCUCUGUGUCCUCUCCCCGACCGUCGACUGGUGUGUGUUCCGAAAAAUGGCAGCGCUCAUCAAAGGAUUGAAAUUAGCCAGCCAAAUUUCCUCGAAAAAUCCGGCCUUGUUCGCGCUGGCCGCGCGAAACGCCCACGGCUGGAACAAAGACUUCAAACCGGGCAAAUUUCCGGAAACGGACAAGGAGCGUGAGGCGGCGGCCCGGAAAUACGGUCUGCACCCUUCGGAAUAUCAACCGUACGAAAACGAUGGCACCGGUAUCGGAGACUAUCCGAAGCUGGCGGAUGUGCCGGUGGAAGCGCGCGAUCCCUACUAUCCGUACGAUUUCCCAGAAUUGAAGAGAAACCUUCACGACCCGAUGCAUGCUGAAACUCCGCUCUGGUCCGAGGAUCGUUUCGGCACCGCCGAGCCGACCCGUUUCUCGAUGAAGUUCUACUGGUUGUCGUUUCUCGGCGUAAUGGCCGGAUCCAUCGGCGUGUACUAUUGGCUAGAAGACUACAAAAUGUUCCGACCGGUGAUGGCCAAACAGUAUCCCCGUGAUGGCCCACACUACACAUUUGAGAGCAAGUGAACCUCCGCAAACUACCGAUGAUUGUUUCCAAUAGUACAGCAUGUCAUAAUGGACGGGGAGGUUUGAAUUACAUUUUAGGGGUGUCGUCUGGAGGAGCGCAAUCGAAAUAUUGUACGCCAUUCUGCCGUGAUGCUUUGAUUAUGUAAAUAAAUUGGUAGGAAAUGGAA